AUGGCAGAACCUCCAGCAGUCGAGGAGUCUCCAGGUCCCAAUGUCAACGCCGCGCCUAAACUCCUCGGCGUCACUGGCGCCUUAUACAUCGUCGCCUUAUUCCUCUUCGCUGCACGUAUCUACACGCGUUUCCAGCACCGCCGGCUCGGAUGGGACGAUUACACCAUCACAUUCGCCCUAAUCCUCGCCCUCCUAGAAUGGUCACUCCUCCUCGCCGCCAUUCAAUACGGCGCAGGCCGCCAUAACUACUACGUCUCCUACGCCGACCAAGUCCCCGCCAAGCACCUUCUCUUCGCUUCUUCACUCCCCUGGGCCAUGUCUAUGAUGUUUAUCAAAAUCAGCAUUGCGAGCAUGCUGCUCCGCAUCAAGCACACACGGCCAUGGCGCAUCUUCCUCUGGGCCAUGGUCGCCGUGCAGAUCCUGUCCUGCCUCGCCAGCUUGAUCUUCCAGCUCGUCCAGUGCAUACCUUUAGGCUACAUGUGGGAUCCCGUCCACCACCCGGAUGCCGAAUGCGUGGAAUUGCAGUCCAUGUACGUGAGCUUGUACGUUAAUUCGGGCAUCAGCAUCACGACGGACCUCAUCUUCGCCCUCGUCCCGAUCUCCUUUAUCCGCACGAUGCACUGCCCGCUCCGGGAAAAGCUCGUCCUGUCCUGCCUCAUGGGCCUGGGCGUCUUCGCGGCUGCAGCUAGCAUCGUCAAGACCACACUUGUCAAGGACUACGGCAGCACCGGCGAUAGCCUCUGGGACGCCAUCGAUCUCACGCUGUGGUCCGUUCUGGAAGAACAAACCGGCAUCAUUGCAGCAUGCAUUCCUUGCCUCAAAUCGCCCUUCGAGCGCACGCUGCACCGCCUCGGUGUUCUAUCAUCAACCAAACGUCCCUCCUACGGGUACACGGGCGACGGCCGGCGUCACGACGCCCAUCAACUCCCGCCUCUCCACCUGUCCCGGCACGCCUUCGGCGUCGGCCUUAGCAUCGAUACACCGCUUUCCACCACUCUUACGGGCAAGUCUACAAAGUCUACCAUCGGACGCUCAACCGACACACAGAGCGAAGAAACAAUCUGGCCAAACAGCACCCACGCUACUAGGGGCAGCGAAGAAGGCCGAAGGGAGAGGGACGAAGCAUUCCGGCAGAUGAUGGCCGAGGGAGGCAUACUGAUGACGACGGAGUUCCAGAUCAAGAGCGAGGUGAUGAGUCGGGUGGGGAGUCCAGCUGGGGAGCUAGAGACGGGGCAGAGGGAGAUAGAGGACUGGAGGGUUGAGAGACCGAGUUUCGAUGCUGGUCCGAGGAGAUGGGAUGCUGUUUAA